ACACCAUCCCCAACGACAACCCGCAAUCGACUCGCGAUUCUCAUCUCUCGCCCCGCUCACCAAUCAAAGACGCGUUAUUACUACUAGCACCAAUGCGAUAAUCCAGGACGACGAGCAUCUUUUUGCACGCUAGCUCUGGACGGAUAGGCCACGUUGGACCGCGGCGCAACAGUCAACUCCUGGCCAUGCCAACAUGUCAAAAGCAUCCACGUCCUCAUUGCCCCUCUACAAUGCCUCGGGCCUGCCCUCCAAGUCUUCGCGGCCCUCUUCGCCCAUGCUGCAGCCGCCAGAAGCCAUCAAGCGCAGCACCACGCCCUCAUCAAUAACAUCCGCCCAUUCCCUCCUCUCGGUACAGGACACGGCCCAGAAGCUCUCGACGUCGAUUACACAUGGCCUCUCUGCCUCAGACGCCUCGGCGCGCAUACACACCCAUGGCCUCAACGAACUCCCCCACGAAGAGCCCGAACCGCUGUGGCUUCGCUUUCUCAAGCAGUUCAAGGAGACGCUCAUCUUGCUGUUACUCGGGUCUGCUGCUGUGUCCCUUAUACUGGGCAACUUGGAUGAUGCUGUGAGCAUUGCUGUGGCUGUGACCAUCGUGGUGACAGUGGGCUUUGUGCAGGAAUACCGCUCGGAGAAGUCAAUUGAGGCGCUGAACCAGCUGGUUCCACAUUCGGCACACAUCAUUCGCGCUGGGGUGGAGCAGCCACGGAACGGUCGCAUACCGAAUGGCACGGCAACCGACGACGUCGAGCUGGAGAAUCUGAAAGACACCACUUCGGCCCUGUCAGCUGCGGAGCGGAAGUCUACUACGAUAUCCGCGACGUUGUUGGUACCUGGCGAUCUCGUCCUUUUCCACACUGGAGACCGCAUACCCGCCGACAUCCGUAUCACGCACGCCGCAGACCUUAGCAUCGACGAGUCGAACCUCACCGGAGAGAACGAGCCUGUCUCCAAGUCACCAGACACCAUCACACCCCCACCGGGCUUACAACGGCCAUCUUCACCUUUCUACGCGUCCGAAGCCGCAGGAACGGUCGGCGCUGAUAUACGACUGAAUGAUCAGAAGAACAUCGCUUUCAUGGGUACAUUGGUUAGAUCGGGUUACGGACAAGGAAUCGUUGUCGGUACAGGAGGGAAUACGGAGUUUGGCGCUAUUUCUGCGUCUCUGCAGCAGAUCGAAAGCCCACGCACGCCUCUACAACUUUCCAUGGACCGUCUGGGCAAAGAUCUGAGUUACAUGUCUUUCGGAGUCAUUGCCUUUAUUGGUCUGGUAGGACUGUGGCGCGGUUGGAAGUUCCUCGAGGUCUUCCAAAUCGCUGUUUCACUUGCUGUCGCCGCUAUUCCCGAAGGAUUGCCUAUUAUUGUUACUGUCACGCUUGCGCUGGGUGUGCUGAGAAUGUCUAAGCGCGACGCUAUUGUUCGACGGUUACCCAGUGUUGAGACGCUGGCUUCUGUCAAUGUCGUGUGUACUGACAAGACGGGCACGUUAACCACAAACCACAUGACCGUUACGAAGAUAUGGCACUUUGAUGAAGUAGCACCGAUCGAUGUAAAGACGAAGCACGACUCCACGGACCUCGAUUCGCCGACCCGUAAUAUACUACGAAUCGGAAACAUUGUCAACAACGCUCGCUUGUUGAGCGAUCAGGCAGCCUCGGCGUCCACGGCAGCGGUACUUUCUUCAACUCUGGGAGGCGACGACAACACGGCUGCCAAGAGCCGAUGGGUUGGUCAACCCACCGAUGUCGCGCUCUUAGACUUGAUGGACGCCUUCGGGGAAGACGACAUCCGAGAAAGACUCGGCGAGCGCAAGUUUGAGACACCGUUCAGUUCGGAGAGAAAGUGGAUGGGGGUCGUCGUUGGCGGUAAUUCUGGCAGCCUCACCCCUGGAUCUGAGUAUGCAUACAUCAAAGGCGCACUGGAACGGGUAUUAGACCGCUGCGAUACGUAUGUGACAGCACAAGGAAAAGAGGUGGCACUGGAUCAAGCACGCAAGCAAGAAGCGAUGAAGGCCGCGGAUGCAAUGGCGCAAGAGGGCUUGCGUGUGCUCGGCUUCGCAAGCGGUGCGUCCAAAGGAAAGAAGAGGAAUGCUAGUGGCACAGCCUCACCUGUACCGUCAACUAGCUCGGCGCUUGGUGACGAUGAGCAGUAUCGCGGUCUUGCGUUCGCUGGCUUGGUUGGCAUGAACGACCCGCCUCGUAAGGGUGUAGAGAGAGCUAUCCGGAGACUCAUGGCCGGCAAAGUCAAGGUUAUCAUGAUCACGGGAGAUGCUGAGACCACAGCAGUUGCCAUUGGCAAAAGUCUGGGUAUGCCAAUCAUGCCGAACUCGGCACUUGGGCGCUCAGUCAUUCGCGGUGACGAAUUGGAUCGCAUGAGCGAGGAAGAACUUGCACAGGCAAUUGCGACAACCUCAAUCUUCGCGCGAACUAGUCCUGAGCACAAGAUGAAGAUUGUCCGAGCACUACAAUCAAGAGGCGACGUUGUGGCUAUGACUGGUGACGGUGUCAAUGACGCACCCGCGCUCAAGAAAGCAGAUAUCGGCAUCUCCAUGGGUCGACUUGGCACAGAUGUCGCCAAAGAGGCCGCAGACAUGAUCCUGACAGAUGACAACUUUGCGACCAUCCUCAAUGCGAUCGAAGAGGGCAAGGGCAUCUUCUACAAUAUCCAGAACUUCCUUACCUUCCAACUCAGCACCAGUGCGGCAGCACUGAGCUUAGUACUCCUAAGUACAUUUCUCGGCUUCCAGAAUCCGCUGAAUGCCAUGCAGAUUCUGUGGAUCAACAUCCUCAUGGACGGCCCACCCGCGCAAUCCCUCGGUGUAGAACCCGUCGACCCAGCAGUUAUGGCGCUACCCCCUCGCCCACGCCACGCCCGCGUCCUAACCCGCCCCCUUAUCCAACGCGUCCUCCAAUCCGCCACCAUCAUCAUGCUCGGCACCCUCACGACCUACUACCUCGAGAUGUCCACCGAUAAUCUUGUCACCGCCCGCGAUACAACCAUGACCUUUACCUGCUUCGUCCUCUUCGACAUGUUCAACGCACUAACGUGCCGCUCCUCCAGCAAAUCCGUUCUUGCAGGCGAGAUUGGUGUCUUCGAUAAUAAGAUGUUUAACUACGCUGUUGCGGGCAGUUUGCUCGGACAGCUAGCUGUUAUUUACUUCCCGCCGCUGCAAAGUGUUUUCCAGACUGAGGCCCUGGGUUUGGGCGAUCUCGCGCAUCUUGUUGCGGUGGCAAGUUGUGUGUUUUGGGCAGAUGAGGGCAGGAAGUGGUAUGUUAGGUGGAAGGGGAGGAGAGGUUAUGGUGGGGGGUAUAGUACUGUUGUUUGAGUAUAGAGCGUUGGGUAGAAUAUGGUGGUGUAGAAGUGUGAUAAUGCGCAAUGGAAGUGCUAUCACCAAUGAUGCGUUCGAAGCGUAAUUACAUGUCAUGUGAAGUGAAAUUAUGCG